AUGUCUCGCCGCUAUGACAUGGGCGAGCAAGAUACUCGUGCAGUCUCCAAUCGUCGGAAAGUCACCGUCAAAGUUUGUAUGCUCGACGAUUCCGUGGUAAAAUUUGAUAUAGAGCCAAAAGGUAAAGGCAAAUCUCUGUAUGACAAUGUCUAUGAAUACCUGAACUUGGAAGAACGUGAAUACUUUGGAUUAAGUUUUUAUGACAAAAAUGAUAAUUUGUUUUGGCUUGAUGAUAUUAAGCCCUUAAACAAGCAAGUCAAAGAUCUCCGUUCAAUGCUGUUUAGAUUUUGUGUAAAGUUUUAUCCACCAGAUCCAGCAAGUCUUCAAGAGGAAUACACAAGGUAUUUGUUUGGUCUUCAGAUUAAGAGAGAUCUUCUAAGUGGAAGAUUAAAAUGUUCAGAGAAUACAGCAGCCCUUCUGGCAUCAUAUGUUGUUCAGGGUGAACUUGGUGAUUAUGAUUCCGUGUCAUGCAGACAAGGAUAUUUGUCAGAGUUUCAAUUUUUCCCUGGCCAGACAGCUGACUCAGAAAAGAGAAUAUCAACUUAA